CAACCAUCCUGGGACAGGAGCUGUAGGCUGGUGAGGCUGGGGGCAUGUCUGUGGAGUUCAGACAGCCAGAGGGGCUUCACGGUCAGUCCCCAGGGCCAGGUGGACCCUCGAGGGCCACGGACACAGAUCCUCCAUCCUUGCCCGCCCCCUGGAGCCUGCCCCGUUGGAGAGCUUAUGUGGCUGCUGCUGUGCUCUGCUACAUCAACCUCCUGAACUACAUGAACUGGUUCAUCAUUGCAGGAGUGCUGCUGGACGUACAGAAGUUUUUCCAUAUCAGUGACAGCAAUGCUGGUUUGCUUCAGACAGAUGACAAACCUGAGGCACAGAAAGGCAACGGGGCUUCUGAAGGCCACACAGCUUGCAAUCUUCAUCAGCUUCCUGCUGCUGUCUGCACCCGUGUUUGGCUACCUGGGCGACCGACACAGCCGCAAGGCCACGCUGAGCUUCGGUAUCCUGCUCUGGUCCGGAGCCGGUCUCUCCAGCUCCUUCAUCUCCCCCCGGUACUCCUGGCUCUUCUUCUUGUCCCGGGGGCUGGUGGGGACUGGCACAGCCAGUUACUCCACCAUCGCACCCACUGUCCUGGGAGACCUCUUCGUGAGGGACCAGCGGACCCGUGUGCUGGCCAUAUUCUACAUCUUUAUUCCUGUUGGAAGUGGUCUGGGCUAUGUACUGGGGUCAGCUGUGGCAGAGCUGACUGGGAACUGGCGUUGGGCCCUCCGAACCCACCCCGGGGAGCUGCUGAGAAGCAGGGUGUCGCAACCACGGGGGACCCCCGGAGCAGCUGGUGUGAGGACGUCAGAUAUUUGUGGAGAAACUGGAGUUUUGUGUGGUCGACGCUUGGAGUGACAGCCAUGGCCUUUGUGACUGGAGCUCUGGGCUUCUGGGCCCCCAAGUUUCUGUUCGAGGCCCGUGUGGUGCACGGGCUGCUCCUUCCCUGCUUUCGGGAGCCGUGCAACAGCCAAGACAGCCUGAUUUUCGGGGCACUGACUGUUGUGACUGGCAUUAUUGGGGUCAUCCUGGGAGCAGAGACUUCAAGGAGGUACAAGAAAGUCAACCCUCAGGCUGAGCCCCUCAUCUGUGCUGCCAGCUUGCUUGCUGCAGCCCCCUGCCUCUACCUGGCUCUCAUCCUGGCCCCGACCACCCUCCUGGCCUCCUAUGUGUUCCUGGCCCUCGGGGAGCUGCUCCUGUCCUGCAACUGGGCGGUGGUUGCCGACAUCCUGCUGUCGGUGGUGGUGCCCAGAUGCCGGGGGACAGCUGAGGCGCUUCAGAUCACAGUGGGCCAUAUCCUGGGAGACGCCGGCAGCCCCUACCUCAUGGGACUUAUCUCCAGCGCCCUGCGGGCCGGGCGCCCCAACACUUACCUGCAGCGCUUCCUCAGCCUUCAGCAGAGCUUCCUGUGCUGCGCCUUCAUCAUUGCCUUGGGUGGUGGCUGCUUCCUACUGACUGCACUGUACCUAGAGAGAGACCAGGCCCAAGCCCAGAAGUCUGGCACAGGGAUCCUUGAGAGCGAGAACCAACGCCUGAUUCCUGGCAGGGGUGCCUCCUCAGAGGGCCCCUGAGGCCCUGCCUGGCAGCGAGGAGGUCCCACCUGCCCUGUCCAUACCCCUCUGGAUGACCUCCACUGGAUCAGUGCCUCUGCCCACCUUUGACUGUGGCUCCAGGACCCUGGCCGAGCUGCACCUGCCGUUUCUUCGCUCCCAGCUGGAGAGCUGGCAGCGCCUGUGGCUGGGCUGGGAAUUGAGCUGUCAGCAACCCCCGCGGGAGGCCUGAGCCUAUGCCUGCACCCAGCACGAAGCCACUCACUCCAGCCUGGAGUCAGCCUGGCUGCCAGCAGGCCUGAUUAAAGUGUGGCCGGUACAAAGCCCGUGGAUAUAGGCC